AUGGAUACUGAAUGUCCAACAGAGUUAGUAGAAGAAGCCCAAAAAGAUGUAUCAAUAGACAGUUUGUAUACUGAUUUUUUCCCGUAUAAUAUCAGCAAAGAUUCCCAAAAUUAUGAUCAUGCAUUUGAUAAACGGAGUCACCUACUACGCGAACAACUUGAAGAAAAAUUACAAGAACCGACUGUCGAAGGGGGUGCAAAAAGUGGCAAAACCGGCAUUGAACUGCAGUUGGAAAAAAGUGACGCCCGUUUAGAAGAUCUUUUAAGUUUUGGCAAUGAACUCGUUAACAAUAUUAAGAUUUAUAAUGAGAAACAAGAAGUAAUACAAACUCAAAGCAAAACUGCUAGAUUUGAAGAUUUGCAAGAAGCAUUGAAUCGGGAGGCUGAGGAAUCUUUAAAAAAUUUCAAUAAAAUCUCUGAAAAAUGGGGUAUGAUUAUGCAUCAUAAAGAACCUAUGGUCGUUAACGAACAAUUGGAAAGACAGAAAGAAGCGAUAUUUCAAUUAUUUCAAAGUAAAGAUGAGAUGAUUGAACGAUGCCAAAAGGAAUUGAAACGUGUAAAUGAGAAAUACUUGGCCGAUCAAACUAAACAAUCAGCCGAUAUUUACUUCCUGAUCGAGAGAAUCGAUAAUCAAAUUGAACUUAUGAAGAGGGCAUAUAAAGAAAACAUUUACGAGCUUCAGAAUACGAUCGAUAAUGAAAGGGAAAAAUUUCAAGAUGAAUGUAAUCGAAAAUGGAAUGAUCUAUAUUUCGCGUUAACUGUAAAAGAGCAGGAAAAACAGGAAACAGUCAAGGAGAAGCAACAAUUUUAUGCAAACAAAUUGGAAAACAUUAUCGCGAAGCAAGAGGAAAUUACUCGUACCACUAAAGUGCGUUUAGAAAAGGAUGCCGAAAUAAUGGAAUUGGAAAUACGAAAAACGCGUGCGAAUGUGUUAUUAAAUUCGGAGAAAAUUGAUUACAAUUAUCAAGUGUUGCAAAAGCGAAAUGAAGAAAAUGUCAUCAUUAAUAAUCAACAAAAACGCCGAGUGGCAAAAUUGAAUGAGAAUAUUGUUGCAAUGAAACGCCGCUUAAUCCAAUUGAAGCGUAACAAUAAACAAAUUAUGAAUCAUUUGAGCGACGAUAUUCACAAAUUGCAUGGCCACAUUAAUGAUAUGCAUUCGAAAGCGGAGAAUUUUCGCCGAGCUAACGUUAAAAAGUUCCACAAAAUUUGGGAUAUUAACUUUAAAGAAGUGAAAGAAUAUUUUGCCAGCAUUAUGGAAAUCGAUCGAAUUUUAUACGAGCAACAAUUAGUCAGGGACUGGGAAAGGCCAGACAUUGAUUUACAUAAAUUACAACUUAUCAAAGUUGUAAAGCAUUGCGCCAAACCCGCCAAAUCUCAAAAAGAAGAUCUCAAGAAGAAAAAAAUGAAUUACAAUCAUUUGCACGAUAUAUUAAAGAAAAUAUCCGAUCGUGCCGGUUUCUUAGUGGAAUCGAAACUAUUUGAAAUUUUAAAACCGUACACGGACGAAGACAAAUGCCUUGUUCGUAUAGAAAAUAUAUUUGCGGCUUUGCGCAUAACUGACAUAACUGUAGUUGAGAAUUUGGUGAAAUACUUUGAACCCUUCUCAUAUUGUCCCAAUUGUUCGAAAGGCGUAUCGAUGGAGUCUUUGAAAGCGAUGUACGCCUUUAGAAGUGUCAAUGAUGAAAAUGAGCAAAAAGAAAAUUUUGAAAGUUACAACGAACAGGUUAUAUCAAAAAAUUGUCAUAAUCAUUACUUAGUUAUGGAACCAGCAUUGGUCUUAACUGCUUUAAACGAAUUCACCAGCGAUCAGACCGGCAAACGUGGUAAACCACGCGAAAACCCUGCUUGCGAGGAUGACGAUUCUCAAUUAAAUCUUUUAAAAUGGAGUAAAGAAGAAAUUGAGAAUUAUUGGCAUCAGUUUGAUUAUUAUUUAGCUAAAGAUAAACAAAAUGUUUGGAAGACAAUAGAACAUGGCUUAAAUCAUUAUUUGGAAGUUUUGAAAAAGCGCGAACAAAUAGACCAUGAAUGCAUGUUUUUGGAAAAGCAAAAUUUGGAAUUAAAGUAUUUAUUACAAAAGUUGUAA